AUGCCCAACUUGGCGUCGAAAACUGCUUCGAGCUUCUUUGUCUUUGGCGACGUCGGCACGUGGGUGACGGCCACGAACGGAACGGGUAUCCCUGGCCGAUCGGCUGGCACGCUCCAGCGAGUGGCGCAAGACCUGGCUCGAGGCGACCGCAACUACCAAGCCGUCUUGCACGUCGGUGACAUGAGUUACGCAGACAGCGUUGGAUACGUCUGGGAACAGUUCAUGACGUUGAUCGAGCCGGUCGCGUCACAAGUGCCGUACAUGGUGAGCGUCGGGAACCACGAGUACUGCUACUUGGACAGCACCAAGGCAGUCGACAUCUCUGGUGAAACCAAGACAUUCUACGCUGACAAGCCCAAGGCGAGCUCCAAGGGCGAAUGCGCCGUCCCUACGGUCCAUCGUUUCAACGUCCCCGACAAUGGCAACAAGGUGUUUUGGUACAGCUUUGACGCUGGCCUGGCUCAUCACGUUGUGCUGAGCAGCGAGCACGACUUCAAUGCUGGCUCGCGCCUGCGUACGUGGCUCGAGGCGGACUUGGCGGCAGUCGACCGGUCGUCGCGGCCUUGGCUGUUUGUUCACUUUCAUCGGUCCAUGUAUGUCUCGAUGGACGGGACGGCGUCAUACACCAACGUCCUUCGCCCAUCGCUGGAGCCUGUGUUGAAGAAGUAUGGUGUCGAUGUCUUCUUUAGCGGCCACACGCAUGCGUACGAGCGAUCAUGCCCCGUGUACAACCAAGUGUGCGUGAGUGGCGCCAAUGGUGAAGCGAAGGGGACCGUGCACGUCAUGAUUGGAUCGGGCGGCAAGGCCCUCGACCCCGAGCCGUGGCUCCCCCAGCCGUGGUCCGCCAAGACGUUCAGAGAAUACGGGUACGGCCGCUUCCAUGUGAAAAACGCUACCCACGCCCAAGUCGAGUACGUUCUCAACUCGAACGGAUCGGUGGCUGAUAGUGCCUGGAUCGUGUCGGACCACAAGUGGCACCGUGCUUGAAGUGGCUCCGACGUC